UCUCCUUUUGUCGUCCAAUCAGAGGCCGUGCUGAGUCACGGUAGGUUUCAGCGUAGAAACAGAGAAGUGCUUCUGUCACUUAUUAAGCUUGUUGACAAAGAGCAUCAUGGGUAAAAAGAGUCGAGUCAAGACUCAGAAGUCUGGUUCAGGAGGAGCCAGCGCCGCCGUUUCUCCUAAAGAGAUGAUGAACCUGAUCUCUGAGCUGCUGCAGAAAUGCAGCAGUGCAGCCUCCUCUGGUAAAGAGUGGGAGGAGUAUGUCCAGAUCCGAGGCCUGGUGGAGAAAAUCCGCAAGAAACAGAAAGGCCUGUCGGUGGUGUUCGACGGCAGCAGAGAGGAGUAUUUCUCAGACCUGAUGGCGUGGGCUCAGGAGAACGGAGGACCCUCUGAAGGAUUCUGUGUCUCAGACUUUGGAUCAGAGGGGUACGGACUGAAGGCCACCAGAGACAUCAAGGCAGAGGAGCUGUUCCUGUGGGUUCCCAGGAAGAUGCUGAUGACGGUGGAGUCUGCUCAGAACUCUGUGCUGGGUCCUCUGCACAGUCAGGACAGGAUCCUGCAGGCGAUGGAGAACGUGACGUUGGCGUUCCACCUGCUGUGCGAGCGCGCUGACCCGUCUUCACCGUGGAUGCCGUACAUCCACAGUCUCCCUCAGGAGUACGACACACCGCUCUACUUUCAGCAGGAGGAGGUGCAGCUGCUGCUGGGAACUCAGGCCAUCCAGGACGUCUUGAGCCAGUACAAGAACACCGCGAGACAAUAUGCGUACUUCUACAAACUGCUGCAGACUCAUCCUGCUGCCAGCAAACUGCCUCUGAAGGACAGCUUCACCUUUGAUGACUACAGGUGGGCGGUGUCCUCCGUGAUGACCCGUCAGAACCAGAUCCCGACUGAGGAUGGCGGCAGGCUCAUUCUGGCCCUGAUCCCCCUCUGGGACAUGUGCAACCACACCAACGGACUGAUCACUACGGGAUAUAACCUGGAGGACGAUCGCUGCGAGUGUGUCGCUCUGCAGGACUACAAGGAGAACGAACAGAUCUACAUCUUCUACGGCACGAGAUCGAACGCAGAGUUUGUGAUCCACAACGGGUUCUUCUUCCAGGAUAACGCUCACGACAGAGUGAAGAUCAAACUGGGCGUGAGCAAGAGCGAGCGCUUGUUCGCCAUGAAGGCCGAGGUGCUCUCCAGAGCAGGGAUACCUGCGUCUUCUACUUUUGCUCUACACUGUAAUGAACCUCCGAUCUCUGCUCAGCUGCUCGCCUUUCUCCGAGUCUUCUGUAUGACCGAGGAGGAGCUGAAGGACUACCUGCUGGGGGAGGGGGCCGUCGGUAAGAUCUUCACUCUCGGAAACAGCGAGUUCCCCGUCAGCUGGGACAACGAGAUCAAACUGUGGACUUUCCUCGAGACGAGAGCCGCUCUGCUGCUCAAGACCUACAAGACCACAUCAGAGGAGGACCGCUCCCUUCUGGAGAAGCCGGAUUUGUCGCUGCACUCUCGCCUGGCAAUCCAGCUGCGUCUGGCAGAGAAGCAGAUCCUGGAGAGGGCGCUGGCCAGCGGACGAGCUAAACGUCUUCACUUUGAGAAGAAGCUGGAGGAGGACGCUCCUCUGCCUCGCUACGAGGAGAGCGACAUCGCUCUGCUGGAGAACUCCCAGUCAAAGCUCCCCAUCAUCCUGCGUCAGCUGGAGGAGGUGGAGGAGGGGCAGGAGGUUCCCGAGGAGGAGGAGGAGGAGGAGCACAGCCUCCUGCUGAACGGGCAGAAGGAGGCGUACGGCGUGAAGGAGGAGGCGAACGGAGAGGAGACGCAGGAGGAGGUCAGAGGAGACGUAGAUCUGGACUCUAUGGAGAAAGGUCAAAGGGAGUCGGUGGAGCUGACAGCAAGCCGGACUGAAGACAAGACUGAGGAGUGAUGGUUACCAUGACAACGACAUUUAUUUAUAUUUGUCUUUGGAAGACUGAGAAAUACAAAAACUACAAUUAUGGACUUUACUGUGUUCAUCAGCGCUGACAGAUAGAUCGUAUAAAUAAAUAAAAAUAAUGUUUGUUCAGUUCAAGACGUAGAUUUACAUCCGAACAUUUCAAAACAAAAAACAAAAAAAUCAAAGUGAUGAAUUAUUUUAUUAUCGUUCACACAGACACGAUGUGUCUGCUGCUUGUCUUCAUACGUGUCCUCUGUGUGUCUGAGACAAUCGUGAGCUGACCUCAAACAGCUCUGCUCUGUAAACAAAAACAAAAAACUAAAGGAAGCGGCAAAUGCUUGUGUUAGCUACGGAUUGGUUUAGGCAGGUGGAGCCCACACGCUCCUGUUAGAGCUCUGCAUUUAUAACGACGGAGCUCAGACACUCCUGUUAGAGCUCUACAUGUCAAAUGGUGGAGCUCACACAGUUUUUGCAAGAGUUCUACAUUAAAAGGGAUAACGUUAAGACUCUGAUUCAAGAGCUCUAAAUGUUAAAAGGUCUCAGCUCUGGUCAGACACUCGUGUUAGAGCUCACUAAUUUGAAGGAAUGCCGCUAAUUUAGUUGUCACAUUUUUAAAGGUAGCGCUUCAGACACUUGUUUUAGAGCUCCUCAUUUAAACAGGUGGAGCUCAGACCCUCAUCUUAAAGCUGAAAAAAAGGUAGAGCUUAGAUGUUUCUGUUAAAGCUUUAAUUUCUUAACGUUGAGCUCGGACACUCAUGUUAGAGCCCUGGGUUUAAAAAGGUGGAGCUCAGACACUCAUGUUAGAGCUCUACACUGUGUGUGGUGGUGCCCAGACACUCGUCUUAGAACAAAGCAUUUUAAGGGGCAGCGCUAAGACUCAUUUUAGAGCUCAAGCUCAGAUGCUCAUGUUAAAGCUCUGCAUGUAAAAAGGUGGCGCUCACACGCUUUAACAUUUGAAAAGGUGCUGAAAAAGAGCUCUACAAUGUUCAGUGGGGGUCAAUAAGACACUUGUUUUAGAGCUCUACAGUUAAAUGGGAGUAACCCAGACCCUCGUCUGAAAGCUUAACAUUGUAAAAGGCUCAGAUGUUUCUGUUCGAGCACAACAUUUAAAGGGUUAGUGCUGAGACUCAUUUAAGAGCUCUAAAUUUAAAAAGUUGGCGCUCAGACGCUGAUGUGAGUCCCUUGGUUUCCACAGGUGGAGCCAAAAUUUGAUGAUUGAGACGUUUGAAGCUUCCUUUGAUUUACAAACAGUUUGAUUUGGUGUCUUAAUGAAUGUAGUGAGUUUGUGUCAGUGAAACUCGCUGAUGUUGGAGCCAUAUGUAAACACUGAAGAGGACAACGAUGAAGAUUUCUGUUUGAAUGAAUCGUCUAUAAAAACACAGAGGGACAGUGAACGCAGCACAUGGGAAAAGUCAGAUUUAAACACAAGUAGGAACAUUAAAUCUUACUGUCAACAUAAUGUGGAUACUUCCAGAUUUAACCCGUCGCCUUCCCUCAUUAUGUCACUUUGUGUUUUAUAACAGGACGCUGUAGAAACUUUGUUUUACCCUGAUGGACGACGCUUUGGACGAAUGAAUUCUUAAAGCUCUCGGACUGUCUCUGUGAAUCUGUUCUUCUUUCAGCAGCUGAACUCUUUCUGUGUCACCUGUGAAACUCGAAUGCAACACCUGAAGCUGAUUUUGGCACAAACCAGGAGCUUUAAUAAAGACAAGACGAGAACUCUGUCACUCGU